UCCAUGGUACUUUAAAGAGCAGCCAGUGGCUCUAUUUUACUUUAUCUAAUUGUGUGAUAGCCUUUAUCACCUUUCCCUGGAAGAUAACUAUUAGUUCACAGACUUCACGUUGGCUAAAGGCACGGUUAUUAAUUUAGCAGAGGUUCAGCAUUUCUGCCUUCUAAUCCACACAGCGGGCACAGAGUUCGUUGGAGUUGCAUCUGAGAUCACCACCCCAGAAUGGGUAGAAAGCAGCAGCAGUACACCCUGAACGUUGAGCAAAAUUCAGGGGAACAGUUAUUAAGAAAUCCGUACUGUUCAACUGAGGGAGCACAAUGUGGCUGUAGAUCCCACCAUGUGACUUGCGAGCUGCAUUCGGUUAAAGAAAACUCAUGUUCACUCUGGAAAAUAUUCGUAAUGUGUCUGUUGGCUUGUCUAGUCGCCACAGCCAUUACAGCUCUGGCCUUUUAUUUUGGCCGCUUUGGCAACCCCACCAAUACCACCAUCAUCAUUCGCACGGAUGGAGGGUCCAGUCAGGAUUCCUGCACCACUGCUGCGACACCAUCUCUGACUUCGUCACCUGCACCUGGACCCGAGACCACUCCGUCUUCGACUACUAUAACUACCCCAGACUCAACUCCCUCCCCACCUACACCUACUACAGAGAUGGCUAAUACUACCAUAGAACAUGAAGUUGAAAUUGAAGAUGAUUAUUCUGUGGUGGUGUGAACUCUUGGUCCUCCAGUUAGAUCAAUAUCCUUACUGAAGCAGGACAUGUUUAAGAUGCUGACAUGACAUCUCAAAGCACAUGGCUUAGAUCGAUCCACUUCUCCUCUAAUCUGUGCUGCUUUCCAUGUGCUGACAGUCUUGUGCUGAUCACGUAAUACCCAAUAAAGAUCGGGCUUCAGCAGUUCCCACUAUUUUCUUUCUAGAAGUUCUCUCAUUCUGAGACUUUUUACCAUGGCGGGGGACAAUGGAAAAGGACUAAGGCUAGGAAAUGUGAGUAGGAUCUGGCUAGAUGGUCACUAGCUUCCUUUCUUGCAGAAUAGAAAACUGUUGUUCUAUAGAAGGGAACAUCUUUCUGCAUUUCUGCCAUGCCUUGCCAUGUUGGCCAUGCAAGGACAAAGUCAGCUGAGGUAAUCAUGUUAUUGCUUAUGAAUUCUAGCUUUCUGACUUCUCUCCUUGGGACAGUUAGGGGUGGUAAAGGAAUAUCAUGGAGGGAACAGGGCUCUAGAUCUAUCUAGUGGCCCUGGAUAUCCAGGGAGGGUAACAUCGUGUAGAGCACAUGUAUUGUUGGGCACUGUGAAGGGCAGAGGUGCCGUUUGUCUAACCUGGAGCAUUGAUUCGUAGGCGUUUUGGUGAGAUGUCCUCUGCCUGACUUUUUGUUGUCCUCCCUUCCUGAUUUAAAAGUUUCA